AUGGCCGAGUCGGCAGGCCUGGCGCUCGGGGUUGUAUCUCUGGCAAUCCAAAUCUGCAAAGGCGUCAUCGCGUACACGGACGCAGUUCGUACCAGAGGGAGCGAACUCGGACGGCUCGAUCACAAGGCAAAGACGCUCUCCCAAACCCUCAAGAUUCUCGAGCAGACUGCGAAACAGGUUGCAUCGUCAAUAAACGCGCAAUCGCAGACAACGACAGCAGCAUCAUUAGCAGUCAUCGGCGAAACCAUCCGCUCCUGCGAGGCGGACUUGCUGUCGCUCGAUGAAUUCCUUGUCAAAUAUGCUGGCUGCUCUACUUCAGAUCCAAGUUUCAGAGACAGCUGCAGAGAUGUCUUCCGGAACCUCAAGUAUGGCUUUCACGACAAGGAAGUCGCCGAGAUGGAGCGAAGACUCACAAACGUCAACUCGAUCCUCCUUUUGGGGCUUCAGAACCUCGAACUAAACCUCGGGGUCCACAAUUCUGGACAACUUGCCGCUAUCGAGACCGAACAAUCCCAGGUGUCGACGCGUAUUGGCCAUCAAGAGCAAACACUCGGAACGAUAAAAGCCGAGACGAAUCAGACUCUCCGACAACUCGACGAACUGAGCCAGAGUUUCCAAGCACUCCUCGACCCGCUCCGGGGAAUCACGCCUUUCGGUCUGCCAGCAAUCGAGAGACAUAUAGAUUUGGCCAGUAGCACCAUAGUGGCGCAGACGGAGACGCAGUCAAUGCGCGUCUAUGAUCUCGUCCUCUCGCAGCAGAAGUCAAUCAUGACGGAGUUUGCAGUCUUGAAGGGAAUGGUGACAGCGCAGAGUAAGACGAUCGAUAUCCUGGCCGCAGGCACAGACCACAUGACCGAGUCGGAGCAGAAACUACUGGCACAACAGCUGUCCCAGCACAGCCCCGAUUGUCCUUGGUCGAGUUCUCCUGCCGCUCGGAAACGAGCAGAGCAGUCGACAACAGUCCGUCUCAGUGCAUUCAGCACCAUACUUGGCACAGCGUUGGAGAUCAGCUUUGGCUGGCGUCAGGGCGCCGGCGGCUUCAGUAUCAGCCCCCGGUUAUCCACCCAUCAGAUCGUGGACCCUGACCAUUCUCCGUCGUUCAAGAUCAUGAGAUACCUUGGCAAAAUGUUUGGCGCAAACAUAUUCUCUGAAACAAAGCUGUCAACUCAAGAGACAGAGAGGCUAUUCAGCCUUGCACUGCAGAAACUGCAGCAGGCCUUUGACCGUGGGGAAGCCUCUCCAAACGAUCGAACCAAGCAGGGCAAAACAUUACUCCACGAAUACACGCCUGUCAACGCACAAACUACACAGCUGGGUUCGCUCAGAUCUUUCUACGGCAACUUGUCCGGACGCUUGGUGUUUCUACAGCGCAAGAGUCCAGACUUGAGGGGACUGAGUCUUGAUCACAACAGCACGCCACUCAAUUGGGCCCUCUUGUGGCAUGGUGACAAGGACGUACAUGAGACGAAGACGCUGGAACUACUAAUCCCAAAGUCUGGGGAGGUAGACGAUGGUUUCCCAGCCCUUUCGCCGGACGUGCUUUUCGCAACUUGUGAAACGUCCGUCUCUUAUACCUCCAAUCUGCGAAGGACUCUCAAUUUUGUGUCCAAGCGGCAAGACACAGCAGCAGAGUUCAUCAUGCAGUCUUGUCGCCAGUGGAGACGCCGUGCCGUAGUGGCUGAUACUCAGGCAUGCUGGGCUACCUCGGCGCUGGCCACCAUGUUUUCUCUGCGAUGUGGCAUGCGGCCCCAGUUCUUGCAAUUGGGCCAUGAGACAUGUCGGACCUGUCAAGACAUUUACAUUGCCGAACUGGCGGCCCGACGCCUUCAAGUCAAGCAGAUGGCGCUACAGUACCUCUCUCCGGCCCAGAUCCGGGAAUUCGACCUGGAUUCUCCCGGCCAGCUGGACAGGCAUUUUGGGGGUGUUAUCGAGGCGCUGAGGGAUAUCCGCGUGCCCAUUUCUUCAGAGCUGUUCACUCCAAGUGGCAGAGGGCGGCUUGCAACAUUGUGGCCGGCAAUCAUGCCAGAGGGCAUCGGAUGCCGUCAAUGGGCAACGUCUCUGCUCCGCGCUGGGUUCCGGGACUUUGAAGCGCCCUAUGCCAACGGCUACACUAUUCUCAGGGCUCUGAUACAUGGACCUAAGAAUGACCCCAAGGCAGGGCGUAUCUUGGAUGCCAUGAAUUGGAUCGUAGACCAUGGACAAAAAGGGACCAGUGUGCUCUAUGAGAUCUGGGGCAACGUUCAUUCCGGGAAGCCCGGCCGAGACUGCGGCUGCGUCAUUUCCAGACACAAGCAUACCAUGCAGCACGCGACUAUCGGCCACAUGCUUGCUGGCAGCAUCAAGUGCGACAGGGCGGGAGUCAACGCUGGGAUGAUAGCGGGCGACAGCUCAUACGGGCGCACGCCCUUUGUGUACUUGCUCGGCGACUUCGUGCACUCUGCGGCAUGUGACAUCGCUCCGCGAUCGCUCGCUGGGCUCCUUGAGGAGCUGAUCGUUGCAUCUGACGACUCGUGGGGGGCUUGCCAUUACCGUGCCGCUUUUCGGUUCAUCACAUUCGAAGCCCUCUGCAUGGAGCACACAUGCGAUUACGCGCCGGACGAUGCGUGGCCCGACUAUGCAUUUGUAGACUCUGGUCAACGAUCAUCAGCUCGCGGGCAAGACGUCGCGAGGGCAUUCGAGCGUGUUGUUGCUGUGUUUGAUCGAUUAGUCCAACAGGAAUCUCACAUCUCGGAGACGCCAGGCAAGAGCAAGGACCAGCCAACCUUCGCCCAAUGUGUUGACGACAGCAUUGGCCACGACGCCCAAGGCAAGUCGGCAAACUCAUGCGUAGCCCAGCCCCCAAGACCUUGGAAGAUAGCCGUCGAGGUCCGCAAGGAUUGGUUAGAUUUAUGGGUCAAGUACGCGGAGACAGCGCUUGACGACCUUUCUGACGAGAGUGUCAAUCCUUGUCGUGUUUCGUGGUGCGAUCUACCACCAGCACGGGGCAACAAGACAAGAAGAAAUAAUAAGCUCGCGGAUGUUUUGAAUACCCCGAGAGAACACUGGAUUCGCCAGCUCGAAAUACUAUAG